CACACACAAAAAGAGUUCUGUUUCCGGUCGCCAGUUUUGAACGCGAUCCCGCUGCGAUCCACUGAUGGAUUCCUCGGCUGAUCUCAGCGACCCCGAUCACCUGCCCGCUGUCCCCUUCCUGGCCCGCGGGCCCCGGUGCGGCGAUGUGAUGGUGCUGAGCAGUGACAGCGAGGAGGAGCCGCCAGCCAGACCCCCCCGUCCGCGCACUGUGACAGCGGCUCCAUCGUUACAGGUUCGACAGAAGCGCCCCCUAGCGGGAGGAGCGGCUACUGCAGCCCCGUCCAAGGGCAAGAAAAGUCCGGAUAAUUUAACUGUGCUCAUCGACCCAGGUCUAUUGCAUUGUGGGCAAGGAGGGCAAGUUCUCAGUGCUCUGCAAGCCCAAGAAAUCCCAUGUGUGAUACAAACACAGCCAGUGGCAAGAAGUAUAACCUGGACAAGAACACAACUUCAUGAGAACGACGAAGAUAUUUCUCAAGAGCAAGCUGAAAUGAUAAUCCUUAUUCCUGCAGAAGAAUUUGUUGUAACGCUACAGAACCAUAAGAAGGAACCACCAGGUAGCUGGAGCAAUGAAACUCUGUACAAAGAUUUUACUCAUGCACUAAUGGACAAGACUUGUAAGAUGCCCACCCUUGUAAUCAUGGAGAUGGAAAAAUAUUUCAGGGGUCACAAGGCUCAGCCAAAGAAAAGGUCAAAUGAAGCUGAUAAAGGUUCAAAAGGUUCAAAAAAACGAAAAUUAGAGGUGCUUCCCCAUCUGACUAGAAUAGAAGUAGAAGAGGCAAUGAUAGAAUUCCAAUUAGAAACGGGCUUUCAUGUACGGUUCUUGGAAACCUGGAAGGAAUUUGCAGAUUUUGCCUGCAUGGUCAACAAAGCUGUCGCCGAGGCCCCAAUUAAGCUGCAACGGAACAACUCCAAGUUCUCCUUUUACCUCGAUGGAGAGUGGGCAGGAGGAGUACGAGUAGAUCGCUGUGGGAAGGGUCUCCUAGGAGUAUGGAAGAGGCAAAUCCAACAGUUUAACAGAAUCAGUGUGGAAACUGCAAAUGCAGUUGUGGCAGCCUACCCAUCUCCUUAUCUCUUGUUUCAGGCUUAUAAGCAUUGUAACACAGAAGCAGAGCGCCAUUGUUUGUUAAGUGAUAUCCUUGUGCGUCGAGGUGAAGGUGUUACUUCAACGUCUCGACGGAUUGGCCAAGAAAUGUCUAAAAGAAUAUACCUUCAAUUCAUGUCACUGGACCCUGAACUGUUACUGGAUUUGUCGUGAAAAUGAGACACUGUGUGCAACACAAAGAAGCUGAAAAACAUAUGCCAAGAGACUGCAGCAUGCAUUAAAGGACCACUAUAGUGCCAGGAAAACAUACUUCUUUUACUGGCACUAUAGUGCCCUGAGGG